CGCCCAGCCCCUCCGCCCGCCGGGGCGGUGGUAAGCUCCCGCCGUGCCUCCCGACGUAUAAAGGGAGGCGGCGGGGGCCGGCUGCGGGCAGCGGCUGGUGUUGAUGGAGCAGCCGGCGGUGAUGGAGCAGCCGGUGCAGACGGAGGUGUGGAAGGCGCAGAGCCUGGAGGAGCUGAUCCGCAUCCUCCAUCGGAUAUUCGACGAGGAUAAAGUCAGCGUGGAGGAAGUGCAGGAGCUGAUGGAGUCGUACGAGAGCAACCCGGAGGAGUGGCUGCAGUACGCCAAAUUCGACCAGUACAGGUAUACAAGAAAUCUUGUGGAUAAUGGAAAUGGAAAGUUCAACUUGAUGAUCUUGUGCUGGGGUGAAGGGCAUGGCAGCAGCAUCCAUGAUCACACUGACUCACACUGCUUUAUGAAGAUCCUCCAGGGAAACCUAAAGGAGACUCUGUUUGAAUGGCCUGAAAAAAAAGGCAAUGGUGAAAUGACUAAGAAAUCAGAACGAGUUUUGAGGGAAAAUCAGUGUGCCUACAUUAAUGACUCCAUUGGCCUGCACCGUGUGGAGAACAUAAGCCACACAGAGUCUGCUGUUAGCCUGCAUUUGUACAGCCCACCCUUCGACAGCUGCAACACCUUCGAUCAGAGGACUGGACACAAGCACAAAGUCAAGAUGACCUUCUACAGCCAGUUUGGAGAAAGGACUGUCUGUGCAACAGCAGUGCCACAGGAGAACAACUGAGGGGUACCAGCGUGCGUAUGCCCAAGACCUGCUGAAUGUUUAACCGGGGAUAGAAGACAUGCACAGCUAAGGCCAACAGCCAGCUACAUUUCUGUACCUUGUACAUAGAAGAACACUAGGGCAGCUUCCAGGCCACCCACAGUUUCCCUGAGCGAACACUGAUUAUGGGACACUAAGCUAACUAGUGCCAUGAACUACUUCUGGGGUUAGAUGCCUUUUCUUAGGCUCCUGUGAGAAUUAAGUAGCUUGCUUUCUGAUUCUAGCCUCCUUUUAAUUCCACUUGUGAUACCACACUGAGAAUAUGAUAAACAGAGUUUUUAAACAUCAUCUGACACUGCUUGAUAGGCCUACGUGUAUGUAUGGUCUCAGUGUAAUUAAUAACUAUAUAAAUUUCUAAGCUUCCAGUCACUUGUACGUAUAGGUAGUAUGCUAGAUUCAACUAGCAGCAGCUCUUUUUUUUAAUUAAAUCUAUUAGGUUUUAAUGCUCUAGGCCAUUUUGAUAGUUUUGUGCUUUUUUUACUUUUUAUUUUUUACAAAUUCGUUUGUCAGAUCUUGUUUUAAAUAAGGAGCAACAAAAUGCUUCAUGCACAAUGAUUUUCAAAAUUGAUUGGGCAGAGAUUUGGGGUUUUAAUAAGACUAAUCAUACUUAAUUCAGCUAAUGUCCAGUUCCCAAAGUAUUCUGUAUAGCUGGUGAAAAAGGUAACUGAAAUAAAACUGGAUUUGUGCACAGA